CGACCCCAGCAAAGCCAUACUGGGGAAAGACCUAUCCUGCCAACUCCGCUGCUGAACUCGAAUUCGGGAAUUCACAAACUGCAUCAAAUUGGCUUAUGCCAAAUGCCAAAUGCACUCGAAGCACUUUUGGGCUUCCUGCUAAGUUCUGUGCUUGCCAAAUCGGCCUGCGAGUCCAAGACUGGGCCUGAUGAAGCCAGACAAGGGAUAUCUGGAGCAUGCCAAGGCCGUCGAUCUCCUAUACUUUUGCAGGUCAGACAUGGUCUGACAUCACAAGUGGGUGCGACUCCUGAUUGCCAAACCACGGUUCCUGGGGAAAAGUGCUAUCAGGAAAUCAUGGCCAAUGACAGCUACAUUUUUGCAGAUCAAGGCUUACCAAAGAAUGCGAGCCUUGAAGACCUCCAAAAUUUCUUUUAUGCCCAGGGACCUGCGCUGGAUUCCACCUUUCAGCCAGUGGAUGGUGGUUUCGAUCGUGUGUGCCGUGGCACCAGUACGGGCGACAAUCAUCCGAGCAAUUACGAAGUGAUGCCGUUGCAGUCUGUGGAAGCCUGUGAAGAACAAUGCCAAUUGUCUCACGGAUGUGUUGCCAUCGAGUACUCCAAGGGCCGCUGUGAGUUGUGGCUCAAGGAGG